GUAUACUCCGUUACAUCAGCUGCGUCGUUCCUUGUGUUGUGGAAAUUAACUACAAAUGGUGAUACUAUAUGUGGUUUAUAUAUACAAAUGUUACUAUAAAGAGAAUCACUCGAAAUAAAACACCUUAUAAUAGAACUUUGUCUCCCCAAAAAUAUUGAAAAUGUUUGAAUCACUAUGUGCGCUUCGUGAACGAAGGUUAAGGCAUUCGUAGCGACAGUAAUUGACGUGUCAGUGCAAUUGCAAAUGGCGGGCACCAAUGGUGACAUUUCCUCAAUGGGGAGGAAAAUCGAAAAAUUAGGAAUAUCUGCCGAUGAAUCAACGAAAAAUGACAAUGACACGGAAAAGGAGAAAAAAGUCGAGCCUCGUCUUUGGGGUUUUGAGACCCGAGAACUCUAUAAAAUGGCAGUAAAUUUCUAUAAAGAGAAGGAAGGGAAAGCAGUUCAUCUAUCUUACGAAGAUAAGUUAAAAUUAGUUGCUUUUACACAACAAGUAACACAUGGGAAAUGUACAGCAGAAAAUGCUCCGCCUUUGGGUGUAUUGGAUGUGAUCGGAAGGGACAGACGUUUGGCAUGGCAAAAUUUGGGAGAUAUAUCUAAAGAUCAGGCUAUGGAGGGAUUUAUAGUUUUAUUAGAUAAAUUGUGUCCUUUGUUCAGAACAGUUGUAGAAGCGCAAAAAAGGGAUAUAGAAGAAAAAUUAAGGCUAAAGAAAGAAGAAGAGGCAAGACAAUUAGAAGAAGAGAAAAGAUUGAAAGAACUAGAUGAACAAAAGAAAAAGGAAGAAGAAGCUAGGUUAAAGGAAGAAUUACAGAGGAGACAAAUUCAAGAUGCCUUAAAUCAGCAAACGUAUUAUCAAUUUAAAAUGUAUGCAGAACAACAGUAUCCUGGAAACCCAGAACAACAAGGCGUUUUAAUAAGGCAGUUACAAGAGCAACAUUAUCAUCAAUACAUGCAACAAUUGCGUCAGAAUCAGUUAGUCGCAGAAGAACAAACACCAGAAACAAACAAUGCCACAACAGAAGAACCUGAAAAGGAAGAGCCAACUAAAGAAACUGAAGAAACAGCACCAUUAAAUGGAGAAGACUCGGAUGAAUUGGAUUGGCCACCUAUAGCACCUGCUGAAAUGUGGACAAUAAAAGGUGUCGAAGAGUUUAAAGAAACCAUUAGGAGAGAAGCUGGUGAUGCAGUUAUUAAAGUUGGACAUGGAGAAACAGUGACUGUGAGAGUGCCAACACAUGAAGAUGGCUCGUGUCUGUUUUGGGAGUUCGCAACGGAUGGUUAUGAUAUUGGUUUUGGGGUAUAUUUUGAGUGGUCAAAGCCAGAAACAAGUCAAGUGUCAGUACAUAUUACUGAAUCUGAAGAUGAGGAUGAAGAUGAGGAUGAUUAUGUUUUAAGGGAAGAUUUAGAGAGUGGAGUAUCAAAUGGUAGUGUUCAGUCUGAUUAUAAACUACCAUCACCGCCUAUAAGUGAGAUAGUACCUGUAUAUAGGAGAGAUUCUCAAGAAGAAAUCUAUGCGGGAAGUCAUAGAUACCCUGGACAGGGAGUGUAUCUUCUUAAAUUUGAUAAUUCAUACUCACUUUGGCGGAGCAAAACGCUUUAUUACAGAGUAUAUUAUACUCAGAAUGGCUAUGUAAAUUAGCUUCAUGAAAGUCCACUACAAUUCACAAAACGUACAACCAUUGAGAACUAGCCAACACAAUGGUCUGCCAAUACUGCUAGUCCAACUAAAUGAAGAGUCCUAUAUCAUACUUCUGUUCACAUAAGGCGAAGUGUUUGCAAACAAAAUUAUAUACUUAUUAUAGUUAUGUAAAGACACUUUAUUGUUUAAUAUGGCAAAAAAGUGGGCACAAGUAAAGAAAAGGUUCCUAUUGUUCCCUUCCCCGUGAAUGUUUAUAAAGUGAAGAAAACAAAUGAAUUGUAUAAACGUCAGCAACAACAGUAUAUGUGCAACAAAAAAAUCCCUUUGUAUCAAUUUUAUUCGUAUCGCAUUCGAGCUUUAUAUUAUGUUGAUAAUGUAUUGGUAAAUCUAUGCGUAAUAUUGUUUUCUAUGGUUUGAAUUUUAUUCUAUCUUUGUUGUUAUUUCACUCGUGACUGUAUCUUAUACUUUUAUUAAUAUUGUCCCACGUUUUAGAAAAAUACAUUGCAAUCAAAGCA